UUGAAUUUGAGGCAGUUAAAGGCUUGAAGAAGCAGCAGUGGCGGCGGAGACUUUGAUUGGUCUGCUGAAAGCCCAACCCAGAAGAUUCAUUGGUGGAAAUCAUCUCCGCACUCCCGACCACGAAAGACAGAAGUGACUCGGGUAAAAUAAUACGCGGCUGUCUUGCGCUCUCCAUUCAACCUCGCGACGUCUUCGCGCGUCCUUAAUCUGCUCCACAGUGGAUAACUUGGAGUGAAACAUCUCUGCAGGCACCCGCCAGCCCCUCGAUCGGGGUGCGUUUUUUUAGGGGGACGAGGACCCGGAUCAAGUUUUACGCGCGGGAGGACACUUACUGCACAGUUUGACUGUUGCUGUAGCAGUUUGAUUGGAGUCUUGUGAGGUCUGAAGCGACUUCUGAUGUUAUUUUAGACCUUUUCUUUUGAAUUCAGACUUGAAAGUCAGUCCGCUGGACUUUUCCCAUCCGUUUUUUUGACACCAAGGUUGGAUUUCUUUGUCUGUUAUCACGUAUUCCAAGAGUGUCAUAAGACAUUCUAGGUGAUUCAACACCAGAUGAUCUAGUUUUCGAUCAUCACCCUUUUUCAAAUCUGUGGUUGAGAGCGCGCUCGCCUCCAUCCUCGGCACUCAAGGAAGAAGACAGCAGACUUGGGCAAACUUUUCCAGCGACCACCCGUCAUCUUGACACUGACCCGAGCUGUUGUUGUGAUGCAUAUUCCCGUAGAGCCGCCCACCACCAGACGGUUCACGCCGCCCUCCACGUCCUUCACCUGUAGUAAACUCGUUGACGGCAACGGGGCCAUGGCCACCCCGGGGCCGCUCAGGGCGAGACCCGACACCAGGAAUGUGGUGGACGUCCUUGCGGACCACGCCGGCGAGCUGGUCCGGACUGACAGCCCCAACUUUCUUUGCUCAGUCCUGCCGUCUCACUGGAGGUGCAACAAGACUCUGCCCGUGGCUUUCAAGGUUGUGGCUCUCGGUGAUGUCCCUGACGGCACUCUGGUCACCGUCAUGGCUGGGAACGACGAGAACUACUCGGCCGAGCUGAGGAACGCCUCCGCCGUAAUGAAGAAUCAAGUGGCCCGCUUCAAUGACCUGCGCUUCGUUGGGAGAAGCGGACGAGGAAAAAGCUUCACUCUGACCAUCACUGUUUUCACCGGACCGCCUCAAGUGGCCACUUACCACCGAGCCAUCAAGGUCACUGUAGAUGGGCCACGUGAACCACGCAGGCACAGAGUGAAAAUGGAAGACUCCCAGAAGCAAUUUUCAGACAGGCUGUCAGAGAUCGAGCGCUACCAGCGAAGCAUGCGGAUAGGUCCAGUCAACAAUAAUCCUCGGCCACUUCCACAAAGCCACCUCAGUACCACACCAGCAGCUCUGUGGCAAGAUCAGAUGGACCCUCCUUCUCUGAAGACAUGCAAGGUGGAAGAGGACCUCAGACCAUGGCCAGGGACAACUGAUCUAUUCCAACAGAGGACCACCUUCCCAUCUCCACUGACUGAUCCACGCUUCUCAGACCCCCGCAUACAUUACCCAGGAGCCUUCCCUUACUCCACCAACACUUCCAGCACCGGCAUCAGCGGCCUUAGCAUGUCGGCUCCAACUAGAUACCACACCUACCUGCCGCCUCCCUACUCAAACAACCAGAGCCAGAACUUCCAAUCCAACUCCUACUUGUAUUACGGCACAGGAUCUGGGUCCUACCAGUUCUCCAUGGUGGCAAACGCCGGGGGCGAGCGCUCCCCCACCCGUCUCCUCUCCUGCUCGGGGGCCUCGGGCACCGGUGGCACAAACAGUCUGAUGAACCCUGGCCUGAACGCCCAGAGCGAGGGCGUCGAGGCUGAUGGCAGUCACAGCAAUUCCCCCACGGCCAUGAGCGCCUCGGGCCGCCUCGAUGAAUCCGUCUGGAGACCUUACUGAUCGGCUCGGAACCCGGGGAUGCUGGAAGGCUGUAAAAGUGAAGAGAAUGAUGAACAAAAUCCCGAACACUGAAAGAAAAGAAACAAAAAAAAAAGAGAUAAAUGCAUGUUUGUCUUUUAUUUCCGUAGCACUCGCUUCAUAAGACUUUCCGCAUUUUGUAAACCCUGCCUGAAUUUUUGCACUGCGCUAAGACAUGUACCCUUUAAGGCUACGAUAUGAGCUGAACAAAGCCAUUUUGCUAACAGCCGACGGUGGUCAGACUCUUCAGACUGAGUCAGCUCUCAUGAGGGUGGAGGAGAGUAACCAGACAGAAUGUUUGCCCCAUGAGUGACUCAGACAUCCCUCCGAGGCUUGGCAACACUGCUGUUGCAAUCAGUCCUUCUAAGCUUCCAUUUUGGAUUAUGCAAAAACAUGAUGUCAAAUAUUUUACAAAAACAUCCUCUGGUUGCAUCCUGAGCAUCUUCAUAUGCUCACAUGACCUUAAUUUAUUAUCCAAAUGGACACCUUGGCUGCCAUGAAGCUGUACGCAACUAAGCUUCAACACAAUAGACGUCCUCUGCUGUGACAUCAGUCAAACAUGUUCGAACGGGACAGCGAACAAUAUAUUUGGAGGAAUGUAUACAGGACAGUUUGCUCUUUUUAGUCCGUGCAAGCCUUUUUAUUCAGGCAUUUUUUUCCAUGAAAGAAAAAAGUCUGGUGUUUUGAAACUGGAUGACACGGUUUACUUUUUGAUAUUUAUUUGAGCCAAAUUCUGAGGAAAUCUGUGUGUAUACUCCCGCAUCGGUAAAGCAUUUUUCUUCAUCUUUCCUUUUUCCUUUUUUUUUCUACAUAUAUAUAUUUUUUACGGUAUAUGCAUAUCAUGUUUUGUUGUUAAAUAUACAUUUGGAAUUCGUGUAAUAUAUUGCAACUAAAUUAUGAGGAAAAAAACGAAGCUUUAAUGUUAUUAUUUUGUCUUUCCAAUGUAGCUUUGAUGCACUAAAAAUCUUUAUUCUGUAUGAACCACGCCCACAACUUUCGUAGUGAGAGAGUAAAGCUAAGCCUUUAAUCUUUUAAAUUGCCCGAAUUUGCCUUCUUGCGCUUAAUUUAACUCUUUCACUGCUAUUGACAGUGACAGACGUCCAAUCAUGUGGCUCUUUUCAUCCUUCCGCUGUGAAUGUAAAUGAGUUUAUUACCAGUAGACGUCCAAGCCAUCCAAAUAAAUUAUACGUCUUGCGCCGUAAAUGGCUGCCAAUUAUGGGGCGCCGUUUGUAAAGCAGCACAUGCUGAAAAUUACGACACCAUUUUCUCACAUUUAGCGCCACACAGUGUUUAAAAUGGUGUGAAAUUAUUAGUCACUUUUUUUUUUUUUUUUGCACAUUUACAACAUUAUUUAGCAACUUAAAUAUUUAUUUUUAAAUAAGAAGUUUUGGACCUGAUUGUUUAAUCCAGAACUAAAUACUUAAUUUAAUUUUUUUUUUUGCACAUUACAACAUUAUUUAGCAACUUAAAUAUUUAUUUUUAAAUAAGAAGUUUUGGACCUGAUUGUUUAAUCCAGAACUAAAUACUUAAUUUAAAUCUUGAAUUUAUAUCCUAUAUCUUAAAUGUUGAAUCAGGAAACGGUCUGAACUAAAUAUUUAGCUUAAUAUGCAAAUUCACAUAACUGGAGACCGGAAGUAACAAAAUAAAAGCUGGUGGAGCGGCUCAGACUGUCUGUUUACGUUGCUUGAAAAUGAAUAAAACCUACUCAACGGUGGCAGUCUGCUCUUGCACAUGAGUCAUUGUGAUGAUAACAAUAUAUAAGUAAAAUACAUAUUUAGGAGAAACUAUUUAAAGAGUAUUUUGUGUGCUCCAGUUUUUAUUUUGUUACUUCCGGUCUCCAGUCAUGUGAAUUUGCAUAUUUCUGUAAAUAUUUAGUUCCAACCGUUUCCAGAUUUAACAUUUAGAAGUUAGGAUAUAAAUUUAAGAUUUAAAUUUAAUAUUUAGUUCUGGAUUUAAACAUUCAGGUCCAAAACUUCGUAUUUAAAAAUUAAUAUUUAGGUUGCUAAAUAAUGUGUUAAAUGUGAAAAAAAAAAAAGUCACUCUAAAAAUUUCACACCGCGUUUUAAACACUGUGUGGCGCUAAAUGUGAGAAAAUGUUGUAAUUUUCAGAAUGUGCGGUUUUACAAACGGCGCCCUAUAGCCAAUGACUUUAAAACUAAAAUGUGUUUUUUCUCUGGCCGAGAUGCACACUCCCACCAUUUAGUUCAUCAAUAUUAGACAUCCAACCUAUUUGACCCAUUUCUUCUGACUUCAAAUGGAUUUGACGUCUAUCGCUGUCAAUUACAGCCAAAGUGUUACGAAGCCAUUUGCUUAAUUUUUGCACUAUUCCAAUUAUAUACCCCCAUCCCUGUUUUCUAUUCACAAACAUUUACAACCCUGCAACAUUUGUGCAUUUUUGUGUACAUAUUUGCUGAACACACACAUGCAAUCGCUUGUAAUUUUACCAUCCAUGUACAUACCGACAUCGCAGAUAUGUGUGAGUGUGUUCACACCUCUCCAUAGUUAGCCCCGUCAUCCUUCAAUUGCUAAAGAAGGAAGAAGAGAGAAGUAUGACAGGGGGAAGCACAGCGGUGUCUUCUUACCGAGACCAAAGGCAACUAUGCCGAAAAAGAAAGCUGUCUCAUGGUCAGAGGCCCUUUGUUCUGGAUAAUCUGUAACAACUUUGAAGCCCUAAUGGCUCUCAGUGUUGCUUUUGGACUAAUUUACUGAUCAUUGAUGCCAGGGGCUCCUGAAUCUGGCACUGUUUCAUACGCCCACACGAGAUCUUCUGCGUAUCAGGUAUCAAGCUAAGAGAAGCUCAGCCUUAACUUAAAUCAUGACUCAAAGUAAGAGAAGAGUGGGCCAAAAAAAAAAAAACAGAAGAAGCUUUUGCACCAUGUUAUGCAACUUCCUAUUCCAAUUUUUGGAGUGCUUGUCCCCAUUAGGGUUGCUAAUGGGGUGGAGCCUUUGGAUUUUGACUGGUUACAGGUCAAUUACAGCCUUAUUCCUCUUACUACUAAUUCCUGUCUCCUGGUGCUAGAGAGGAAAAGCACAUUCUCUGCGCCUUUACAAUAUGGUUGAAGACUUUUACUAUGAAAAACAAAUGCAGCUACAGUGACCCCCCUCCCCAAAAUAAGACGCUUUUACAUGUGUAAAAAAUAUUAAACAGUGCCGAAGGUGUGUGCUCAAUUUUUUGUCAAUUUUCAUGUCAAACUAGAAAGCCAAAGUGUACAAGUGAAUUGCAUUUUAAUUUAUAUUGGAUUAAGGGCCACAAACCUACUUGUUUCUUUUCAAAAGAAUUUCCUUUUUUUUUUCAUUGUACCAAAAACUUGUUUUCUGUUUGUAUGCUUAAAGCAUGUACAUCUGAUAUGUUAAUUUAAAGAAUUCCUGUAUGUAUUAAUAUCAUCCAUGUUUCCAUAUGAGUGCUUGUAAAGUUUGCA